AUGGAGAUCAGUGAACAAAGGGCUGGACAACGGGUCGCACCGAAGAACUACAUGGCUGCCAAGAAAGCGAUUGAGUCAUUAAAGGCAGACCAGCAGAAAGAGAAACAUUAUCUGAGGGCAGCGAUACGGGCGACAGUUGAUGCAUUGGUCCAGAGCCAGGCGACAUUGGUGGAGAGUCAUGCGGAGAAUGAUGCGUUUAAGAGGGGUCCUCCUGGUCUACAGGGUGACAAGGGGGAUCAAGGCGACCAAGGACCGCGGAUGGUCUUCCCUAAGAUCAAUCAUGGCUUUCUUUCUGCUGACCAGCAGCUCAUAAAGCGGCGGCUUAUUAAGGGAGAUCAGGGUUCGGCAGGUCCACCAGGGCCUCCUGGACCCCCAGGUCCCCCUGGCCCCCGAGGGCCACCAGGGGACACAGGCAAGGAUGGGCCCCGGGGAGUGCCAGGUCUGCCGGGAGAUCCCGGGACCCCAGGAGAGCUAGGACUAAUGGGACCUGAGGGGCCACCAGGACAAAAGGGUUCCCUCGGACCUCCUGGCAUCCCAGGUGUUGAUGGGCUGAAGGGUGAAAUGGGAGAGCGAGGUGAAAAGGGCGACAUGGGAGAAGAUGGGCAUAAAGGUGAAGUCGGGGAGAAGGGUGAUGCAGGCUCCUCUGCUGCAGGCAUUAAGGGUGAACCAGGCGAGUCAGGACGUGGGGGAUCAAAGGGAGAGCCAGGACUUCCAGGGCUGCCUGGACUUCCCGGGAUUAAGGGUGAGCCUGGAUUCCUAGGACCUCAGGGAGAACCGGGGCUCCCAGGACUACCAGGAACCAAGGGCGAGCGAGGGGAACUUGGCCCACCAGGCAAGGGAGAGCGGGGCGAGACUGGACAGGCCGGUCAAAAGGGAGGGCCAGGAGAGGCAGGGAACCCAGGCACUAGAGGUUCAAAGGGAGAGACAGGAGACAAGGGAGACCUGGGCUCUAUGGGACCAAGGGGACCCCCUGGGCAGAAAGGUGACCAAGGAGCCACUGAAAUCAUUGAUUACAACGGGAACAUCCAAGAAGCUUUACAGAAGAUUACCACUAUUACAGUGACGGGUCCCCCUGGGCCUCCUGGACUAUCAGGACCAGCGGGAAUCAAGGGAGAUCAAGGCAUGCCUGGCCUCCCUGGACUGGACGGUGAAAGCGGUUUCAAAGGUUCCAAAGGAGACAUGGGAAUCCCUGGCACAUCUGGAGAUAAAGGAACUGUUGGCUUAUCUGGUUCACCAGGCGUCAAUGGAUUGAAAGGAGAUAAGGGUGAUUCUGGUCUGCCUGGUCCUGAAGGUCCCUCAAUUGUUGGCCAACCUGGAGCACCUGGGCCCCAUGGACUCCCAGGCCCCAUGGGACCCCAUGGCUUCCCUGGACCAAAGGGGGAGGCUGGGAAUCAUGGUCUGAAGGGAGUACGCGGGGAGUCAGGGCACAAGGGGGACAGAGGACCUCUGGGCCUCCCCGGAGCCUCCGGCUUGGACAGCAAGCCUGGAAUUAGGGGUAUGGACGGGCCUGUUGGUCCCUCCGGUCCAGCCGGACCAAAGGGGGACAGAGGUGAGAGAGGAGCUGCAGGUGAACUCGGGCCAAGGGGACCUUAUGGACUUCCUGGAGCGGCUGGAACACCUGGCCUUGAUGGGUUGCCAGGCUUAAGGGGAGAGAAAGGCGACCCGGGGGAAAGAGGAGAAAAGGGGGAGAAGGGAAAGAAGGGGAAAAAGGGGCCUAAGGGGGAGAAAGGAGAACAGGGUGCCCCUGGAUUAGAUGCACCCUGCCCAUUGGGCCCAGACGGACUACCAAUGCCUGGUUGUUGGCAAAAGGGAGUCACGCCUUGGCUGGUGGCUUGACAAGAAUUGUUCCCCAGGAAGUAAAGUUGGGUUGAUUUUCUUUAUUGUGGUGAGAUCUGCAAUGGGUCAAUAGAUGCAGGUCUUCACAGUUGCACUUGUCUUGAGUCCCAGGGCCCAUUCCCUUUCAACGGCCACUUGUUAUUGGACUCGGAGAAGAGUGUUAGAGCUCAAUGCACUGUGCACAGCCAAUCGGAAAAGAGCUAGGCUGACAAGGACUUCGGAUUGAACAGACCUGUUUGGGAUCCCUUGGAUUAGGGGAGACAGUGGGCCUCGGCAGAGAGAUUACAAUCAUCUCUCCUGCCAAUCAAGGAGUGCCUGCCUGUAACAAUGUUACAGUCACAACACUACAAGGUCAACAGGGUCAAUGGAAUUCUGCCUUUUUAGUUGAAUUUUGUUCUUCUACUUACUUUAAAAAAAUGUUUUAUAGCCUUUGGUGCCUCAAGCUUUUGUUCAUUCCUUUCCCUUUUAACCUGCUUUGAGUAAUUGGAAUGGUGUUUAUUGCGGAAUGGCAACUUCUUGUCAAUUGUUGAAGUAUAAAAGCACCUAUUUUGUGCACUGUUAGUAUGUAUUGAACGUUGCUAUUACUGGGUGUUAAUAAUAUGGCAUGUACAUUAUGUAUUCAAAUGAACAUAAGCUUCUAUGUAACAGAAAGGGAAUUUCAGUUGGUAGCAAAGAGGAUUACACAGCAUCAGCUUUUACACUGAUUUGCAAAAUCCAAGUUUUAUAAUAUUAUAAUAACACUUGUUCAUUUCUGGCCAUUAAGUGGAAAAUACAGUCGGUGAGUUACAAUGUGCUUCACUGCAAGUUUAUUGUAUCUUUACAUUUAAAUGCAGUGUUUAUUUCCGUAAUAUGUCUGCAACAAUAAGAUUUUUGAACAUUAUGACCUGGUAAUUGUAUGGUACAUUUGCAGGUAAAAAUACCUUCCGGAAAAAUGAAUCAUUUUUUACUAGAUAAUUAUUGUUUUUUCCAAAUGUCAAACGGCAGUUUUCCUCAACUGGAUCAUGUCUACACCAUAUGCAGUAUUCUUCCUUUUUUCUCUCUCUCUCUCUCUAUAUAUAUUUUUUUCCAAAUGUAAAUGGUGUAUUACAUGGACAGGCUCAAUAGGUAACACAUUUAAUUUCAGUUGAAUGGCCCUGCUUCCAUUUGUAACCCAUAAUUGUAUUCAUUGCCAUUUACAUCACAUUCCAUAGCAAUUUGGAAAGAAAAUUGAGCCUGUUUCUUAAUUUCAUAAUGUCAAGGAUGUCCUAAUUCUAACAAUGCCCUUAUGCAGUGAUAUUUGAUGCAUAAUGCUAUUUGGAACAGUUAUUGUAUGAUUAGUAAUCAAUUCGUACAAUAUGUGCCGGUUUCCCAGACACAGAUUAAGCCUACUGCUGGACUAAAAAGCAUUUUCGAUGGAGAAUCUCCAUUGAGCAUACUUUUUAGUCCAGGACUAGGCUUAAUCUGUGUCCGGCAAACUGACCCUCUAGCCCCAUUUACACCUGGAUCUAACUUGCGUCCUUUGUCCUGAUCUUGUCCACAUUCUGAUUGUGCCCACAUUUUUUAACAGGUGUAGACAAUCAAAAGACACAUUGUUAUCCAAUUGUGAUCAGAUCAUCAUGCCAUCCUCUGGAGGCGUUGGGUCUGGAUAUCUUAUAAGUGUAGACAGAUCUGUACAGAGAGACCAUUUAAAUUGUAAAUGUUCCUCUAAAAUCAUUGAACGGGGGCACCAUUGACUGAUUACAUCAAUAUGUGUCUUACAAUAAAUGAAUACAUAUUAUUUUUAAAGAAUAACUGUGAAACAAUUUUCAUAAAGGAAGGGGCCAGGAAAUCUGGUCACAAUGCAGACACAGUGGACGGAUAACAGACACAUUUUAAUACAAUGUGUAGACACAUUUCUGGAAAUGUGGGCACAAUCAGAAUGUAGACAAGAUCAGGACAAAGGACCCAUGUUAGCACAAUGUAUAAACGGGGCUUUUAUGUAAUACCGGCACAUGUCCACUCUAUAAAAGUGUUAUUUUUCUUGUUUUUGUGACAAGUUUGACCACUCCACCCCAACUGUACAGGGUUAUCAGCGAUAUCACAAAGUAAAUAGUAUGCAUGUGAACAGUAGGUCAUCUGUUCCAGUGUGGUGUCAUUAUGGUGCUAUCAUCUUGUUAGAAACAUCUCUAAAGAGUAUUACCUAUCCAUGACAACCAUAACACAACAUGUUUCUUUAUUGUUUUUCAUGUAACAGUUGAAAACAUUUUGUGCAUAUACUUUUUAUAUUUGUCUCACUAUUUUAAGUGUUACAUUAUUUAUUUUUGUAUUUUUCUUAAAGAAGGCAUUUUGGUUUUUAACAGGCAUUCCUUAUAAAAUAGGGGUAGCUUUUGAAGGUCCUGAUAGCGUUUUUUUUUCAGCUUUUGUCUAUCAUAGUGGUGCAUUGUCAUUGAGAUGUCACACAAGUACAUUAGAUGUGAAGGAAGUUUGUUGUCAUUAUCAUCAAAUUGAUGUAUUUGUCAGGUAUUUACAAUGCUAGUUCACUCCCAGUUUUGCAGGCCUUACCUUGGCAUGAAAUUGUAUUCAUAAAACAAGAAAGUGUUGAUGGGCUUGGCUAAAAUGUUGUCUGUCCCUGACAAGCAGCAUAAAUAUGAUAAUAUUGUUCUUUCUCUAUUUCUCUCUUUGCAUUGAAUGUAGUUUGAAUGUAGUAUGUAUUGUGAAUUAUAAAUGUGGAGUUUAAUAUCUGCUUAUUUGACAAAAGUGCAAUUUAUACUUUGGUUGAUAUGUGCAGCAUCAGAAUGCAGAUCUAUAACAGUUACAGACAAUUAUUAUCAGGACAAUAUGUUAGUCAAUUCCCAUGAAAAGUACCACUACACUGGCUUAGAAAAAAUACAAAUGUUUUGAUUGACAAGUUACAUGUUUAAUUACAAACUUGUAAAUAUAGACUUUCUUGUUAUCCAUAUUUUAAGGCUUGAUUUGAAUUGAUUUAUUGUAGCCUCAAUUGCUGUCCACAAAUCAUUUGCUCUUAAGUUGUUAGUGGUGUGAUAGAAAACAUAUAAUGUGUCUAUGAUUUGGUCUGUCUUUUAUUUAGAACCUUCGUAAGAUUUUGUACUACGAUGGUGCUGUGUCUUCAGUUAACGUGCAGCUGAUUCAUCUUUGUUCAAUUAUAUAUUCUGAAGUUACACACUUACAUUUAAAGGCUGGUAGUGGGUGGUCCCCACAUAGUUGAUACACACUUCUUUAACCCACCAAGUACCAGACACCCACUUUUCAACACCACUUUUUUAUUUAUUUAGUGGCAAAUAUACCAGAGCCAUUUUCUCUGACAUAUAUACUGACAUUUCUUUUAACAUCCUCCUUACACCAUAGCCUAUUUCCCUCAGUGCAGUAAUGCAACUUAAUAGAAGCUGGAAAAGUAAAGAUAUAACUUCAAUUGAACAUAGUGAUCUAAGUAUUCUAAAACGUAAAUGCAAUAGCUAAGUCCAUCUCACAGCUUUUGAAUAACUUACAUUUCAUUUCUGUUAUGUGUUUUUUUUCUAUUCUGCAUUUGUAUCACUCAUUUUUUACAAGUUUGCAAAUGAAUACAAUUUGCUAUCAGAUUAUGGAUACUUCUGCACACAUUAUUUCAAAACCAUUUCAUAUGACUGUACUGUUGGAGCCAAAUAAAUGCAGUCUUUCAAAUAA